AUUCAACGAAGAUCGACGGCGAAAGAUAGCGGGAGGGGUGCAUGUACACUUCUGAGGUUUUCGGAGUCUGCUGCGGGUCUCGUUUUCUUUUCUCGUCGGUCCCGGAAGAGCGAGAGGGCAAGACGGUUUUCUGGAUUGUCUUCUUCUCGGCUUCUCUCUCUCCUCGUGAAAGAAAAAGAACCGUCUAGACUUUCUGUCCGUUUCUGUCUGUCCCUUCUUGCUCGCGCGCUUGCUCUCGCCGUUGUGUCUCCGUCUCUCUGCUGACGAGGGCUCCUCCCUCCUAGCCAGCUGGUCAUCGCUCCCUUCCAUCCUCGCCUUCUCCGUCUUUUUCUGCGUCUUUCCUCUCCUUUCUCCCUUCUUUCUACGUCCACCCUGUGUGUCCUGCCGCUCUGUCUGGACGAGCAAGCGUUCUGUCGCCGGGGUCUUCCGCACAAGCCGGAACCGCCGACUGGGUCACAGCCCUGCGCCGUCUUCCAGUUUCUUGCCUCCCCGGAAAACUGAAGUGCUGUGGUGUCGAUAGGUUUCGAGCCUCCCUCCGUGCAUGCACGCAAGCGAAAAAAACCACGCGCCUGAGGCCGCAGACACUCAAAAGCGCCGGCGCCCUCGCCCUGCCUCCCCCCUGACGAAGGAUUUUCUCCAGACUCCAUCUGCCCGUAUCCCUUCUUCUGACUGUGUCGAGGCUUUCUUCGUCUUCCUCUCUGUACUACAAUCAGGUGCGUAUAUGCAUUUGUACGUGUGUAGGUGUCAGGAGGAGUGUCUCCCUGUUGAGCAAAUAUGCGGCGAGUUGGUCGCAAGGCCAUCUGCGGUGUAUGUACAGCUGAACUCCUUCGACGCAUUCCUCCCUCGAUCAGGAUGCGGACAGACACCUCGUCUUUGGCUCCAUUUUCUACGACUUGAGUCCCUGUCUGUAUCGAAGCACGCCGCGUGAGGUGUACAGACACCCUCAUACACCCUGGCGCCAGGCGGUGGAGAUCUGCACCUUUCGAGUGUGAAUCUCGUCGCGAAUCUGGAACUCUCAACUGCAGAGAGAGCGGCAAUGUGAGAGACGUGAGACGAACGCUUCUUUCCAGCUUCGCACUAACUUUGGGGAUCUCUCUCUGAGAGCGCCCAGCUUCAGCAGAGACAGGAGAGAAUCGGAGAGACGAACAAGGGGAAUCUGGACAGAGGGUAGUUCGACCGGUCGAAAAAAUGGGGGAAAAAGGAGCGUUGGGCGAAGUCGAGGCGCGUGGAGUGGCUUUUCCUUCCUUCGCUGACGAACUCACGAGAGAGAAGAGACGAAAAUGUCUUGACAACAGCGGGAAAGACAUCUUCGCCGCACUCCCAGAUGAGCCUCAACAGGCAGCGAGCGAAGAGUGUCUCUCCUUCACAAAACGCAAGACUGGAAAAGAGGAUCCAGUGCCUCGAGGGCCGCUCUGCGGAUCUUCGCUCGGGUGUACAUACAGCGGAAGAGAGCCGUCCUCUUCCGGGAGGUGUCAUCUAUCACCCCAGGAGAGCUCACAAGAUGGAGAGAAGCUGAAGGAAGCUGCCAAUAUACCGUGGAGACGUCUUUCUGGAUUUAAACUAGGCGAUGGUGGCGGAGCCCGCUUUUCUCCUUCUGUGUGUCCUUCCGCGGCCUGUUCGUCUUCUGCUUCUCUUUUGUCGCGUUCGACUGUUCUGCGAGGGUCUUCGCUCUCUCCUCACUCCCUUCCGUCUUCGUUUCUCGCUGUCUCGUUGUCUUCCUUCUUUCCUCCGAAACGGUCUUCCUCUCCUCUAACCCCGUCCUCGUCAAGCGACUCUUCUCUCUCUUCCACCUCUUUAAUCCUCUCAGGUCCAUCUUCUCUCCCUUUGUGUUUUCCUUCUUCUUCCCGUCUUCCUUCGUGUUUUUCUGUUUCCCCCUUCUCGGUUUCCGUUGCUCUUCUUGCCUGUGUCUCCCCUGCUCCGCAUGCGCCUGCUGUCUCUCACUGUAGGUACACCAAGCGUCAAACGGGAGGAAAGGCGGCAGGGGAGGAACACGGCGCGCGGUUAACUCGCGUCUCGUUUUUGCGGUAUUUUCGUUUUCCAUGGCGUUUCUUGUCGUGGGUUCGAAAGGCGGCAGAGAGGAAAGGCAGAGUGGAAGGCAGGGCGACAGCUGUGUCGAAGACGAGGCAAAUCAAGCGUGGUUUCUGUCGCUCUCUGUGUGUUUCCGGAACACUCUGGCUGUUCGUUCUCUUCCACCUGCUGUCUGUAGUGUGCGAAGGAGUUCCACGAUCAGAAACCGACCAUCGAGGUCUUCCUCUUGAAACAAAGAAACUCGCGGCAGACUCUGCACCGAGUCUUCCGCGUGCUCAUCUUCCUCUUCCUUCGCCUCUCGCUGAAUCCUCUCGCCACCGAAGACUCGCUUCAGAGUCCUCUUCUUCCUCCUCUCCUUCUCCUUCCUCUUCUUCCUCUCCCUCCUCUUCUUCCUCUCCUUCUCCUUCCUCUCCCUCCUCUUCUUCCUCUCCUUCUUCCUCUCCUUCCUCUCCUUCCUCUUCUUCCUCUCCUUCUCCUUCCUCUCCUUCUUCUUCCCGUUCUUCUUCUCCGUCGCUUGGAAGUCGAGCGAUGUCGUUUUUGCUGGGACGAGGCUCGGAAAACGCGCAAAAGACAGAAGACCAGAAAGGAGACAGCGUGUCUCCUUCCUCGCCGAGUCCUUCUCCAACUGCGGCGGCGCUGGAUGCACCACUCCUCGCAGGUGUGUCUUCGGGAGCCUCGGAGACGGUCUCUUCUUCCGGCGCGAAGGGCGAGGCGUCUGGCGCCCAGAACGAUCCGGCGAAAACGGAGACAGCCGCGACGCGUCCGGAACCGGAGUCUGCCUCCACCUCCGCGAGUCCGCCAACGCGUUCUCCCGCGGCUAGCACUGAGGGGACUCCUUCUUCCGCUUUGGACCAUCCGGAUGGUGAGAAGGACGAGGCGGGAGGCGCCGAGCGCGAGGAGGGGGAGAAAGGCUCGAAGUCGCGAGAAGAGCCGCCGCCUCCAGUGUUUCGGGUGAGUUCGACGUCUCCGUCCAACGCGGCUGUCUUCGUCCCGGCGGUGUUUCAGCAGAACAGUGGGGAGGGGAAUCAUGUGACUCUGACGAUUCCACUCGAAGUGCUCCCGUCGCUCGCCGCUGCCGGCGAGACUGCGGCGCCGCAUCCCGAGGAGAAGCUCGCGUCUCAGGGCUCCGACAAGGAGAGACUGGCGCUGUCUUCACUCCAGUGGCUUCCGGCGCGCGAGUCUGGAGCACGCGAGGGCGAGGCCUCUCUCCAUCACAUGGGGGAGAAGCGGAGACGCGGGGCGCUUGCGCAGAUGGGAGCCUCCGGCGAGGAGGUGCCAGAGACCUCGCCGGCGUCGCUUGAGGAGCUGAGCAGCAACGAACGCGAGAUGGUUCUGAGUGCUGGUCUCCUCACGCUUCUCCUCGUCCUCUCCGUCUCCCUCGUCCUCUCUCACGUCUCGAGAAAGUGCCACCUUCGCUGGCUGCAGAUGCCUGUCGCGGCGACGCUCCUCGGUCUCCUCGUCGGAGCCGUGCUAAAGUUCGGCCUCAAAGUGCAAGGUCCGAUCCUCGGCAGCGUCCUCGCCAUGAACGAGGACGUCUUCUUCGUCAUGCUCCUCCCGCCGAUCAUCUUCGAAGGAGGUCUUAGUCUGUCCGAGGGCUCGCUGUCGGGACCGUUCAUGCGGAACUUCGGCGCGAUUAUGUGGCUUGCGUGCUUCUGCACGAUUCUCUCUUUCUGCUGGGUCGGGACGCUGAUGUUCUUCGGCGGAGUCCUCGGCCUGUCGAUGUUCCUCACCGUCCGCCAGGCCUUCGCCUUCGGCGCCCUCAUCAGCAGCACCGACCCCGUCUCCGUCCUGGCCCUCUUCAAGGAACUGCAUGCGAAGAAACUCAUCCAUGUCCUCGUUUUCGGUGAGAGUCUGUUGAACGACGCGAUUUCGAUCGUUCUGUAUCGCACGAUCGCGAGCGAAGACACUGCAAGCGUCGGCUCGGCGAUCCUCGCGUUCUUCCUCACCUUCUUCGUCUCGCUGGUCAUUGGACUCGCCGUCGGACUCUUUUGCGCUCUGACGUACAAAUACAUGGAUCUGCACAAGGAAGAAAAUCAGACUCUCGAGUCGGCUCUUCUCCUGCUCUUCCCCUGGAUGGCUUACCUCGUCGCGGAUGGUCUGGGCUACUCAGGAAUCGUCGCCAUCUGCUUCUGUGGCGUAACGAUCGGGAAGUACGCCGUUCCUAAUCUCUCGACUUCUGCGCGCACCGCCUCUCGAAGUGUCUUCAACUCGUUUUCUCUGUUGGCGGAAACGGUGGUUUUCGCCUUCUUGGGUCUCGCCGUCUUCUCCUUCGACCAGCCUCUCCACGACGAACUGGCUGUUGGGCUGUACGUCCUCGGAUUCGUUGCCACCUUCUCCGCGCGGGCCGUCAGUGUCUUCGUCACAUGCACGUUGAUCAAUCUUUUUCGGACGAACGCGAAAAUCACUCCGCAGCAGCAACUCGCUCUCGUGCUUUGCGGCCUGCGAGGCGCCAUCGCUUUUGCGUUGUCGGAGAGAGCGCGUCGAGAUUUCGGCGGAAAGGAAGGCGCAGCUCUCCUUUCUCUCACCCUCUUUCUCGCCCUCUUCACCAUUCUCGUACUCGGUCCUUCGCUGGUGUUUAUUUUGGAUCGUUUGGGCAUUUUCGAGAAGCAUGUUCCACAUCGCUCGAGCUCUUCUCUGGAAGGCGGUCGCGUCGGGCGCCUCGACUCAGACGUGGAACUCAUACGCACAUCCUCGCAGAGCACAGCAGAUUUUUCUCUUCCGGACUUCUCUUCUGCAAGACGGAGAGAUCGUAUGCGACGUCAAAGUCGAGAGGAAGACAGCGACGUCGACGACAUGACUCGCGGCACCUGUGGAGGCCUCAAGAGGCUUCUUCUCCACCUCGAUCGCAGAUUCAUGAUUCCGCUGUUGACGCACAGCGACAGUCGGCACGGUGUGUCGGCGCGUUUUGCGGGUGCUCGCUUUCCCUCGUUUUUUCGGGACCUUCAGCGGGAGUCUGUGUCUUCUUCUUCGGCGUCGAGUUCGAGCGUUUUUUCGAGUUUCCCUGGCCUCUCAAAGUCGAAAACUUCCCCGGGCUCUGCGCCGUCUCCCUCCUCUCGCGACAGCCGGCGCGGCUUGUUCACCUCGCCUGCGUAUAUGCGCGUACCUACCUUCGCCAGCGCCUCGAGUCUCCCCGGCUUCCCAGGCGAAAAGCGAGAAAGUGGGCUCUCCUGGGACGACCUCCGCCGCUCGCUAGGUGUACAUACACCCGAGGGUUUGCGCCGCCAGCAGGGGGAGGGCGGCGCGCGGGAGGUCGCGAUGACGGCUCUCCCUCUGAAGGGUCGCCAGGCGCCAGGCCUCCGCGCCGAGGCGAGUGGAGAGACAGAGGAGAGAAGGCCCUCGGGAAAGGUCUCCGCGCGAUGCGAAGCCAAGGGAGGAGACACGGAUGACGAGGACGCACCGAGAUUCAGGGCGCCGGGACUGGAGAGAGACGAGAUGCGCGGUCGAGAGAGGAGAGAAGACGAGAGAAGCCGCGAGGGAAGUUGCGGGAGAGGUGAACGUGAGACGGGUGUAGAAGACCCUUUCACAGAGGAAGACUUCGACGACGUUCGAGUCGCUCUCCCUGACGCACUUCGCGCCUCCGCUCUUCUUUCGGACAGCGAAAACCAAGAAUUUCACUCUGAAGAAGAAAGCUGGACCGAACGCAUUGAGUCCUUCUCUGCGACCCCGGAGUCUCUACCGGUCGUCGUCGGACGCGGAGGCAUGCGAGGAGACAGGCGAAGAGACAGCAUUUCCGAGGAGAUGCGAGACAGAGUGCCCGAGAAGGCGGGCGCUCAAGGAUUUGAAUUGCAGAAUGGAUGGCAGCCGAACGGACACCAAAACGGAGUUGAACGCGAAACAGACGCGAGGGAAACCAUCGUUGGAAAGAGACAAGUGCUCUGAGGAAGGAGUGCGAAAGCGAUGCACAGGGAGCUCUCGAGUCGGCAGAGACACACGAGAGAGAGAGAGAAAGAAGAGAAAGAGAGAGACAAAAGAAGAAGGAGAGACGGAACGAGGGUUGUGUCAAAGGUGGGGAGGUCUGGCUCGUGAGAGAAGGAGAGAAGUUCCUAAAACGGAGAAAAAUUAAGGCAGAAGUCAUGGUCUUCACCCUGAAUGGCGGAAUGUCGUAUGUAGAUGAAUUUAAGAACAUGUUGCGUGAGGUGUCUUUCUUCCAACUCAAGACACAGAACAUGGUACAAGCGGCGCGUCACAGUUUUUCAUCGAAACGCAUAGCUGAGCACCAAUCAGUGUAUGUUUCUUGUAUGUCCCUUUGUAAGAUAUUUGUGAAAAGAAAAAAUACAGUUGUCUUUUGACACCCACAAAGUGGAUGCACUUGUUUUAAAACGCAUAUAUAUAUUUUGAUGAGUAUGCGCAUAUAUGUGUAUGUAUGAAAAUGUGUAUAAAUAUAUAUAUAUAUAUAUGAACAGGGUAUGUAUACAAUUUAAAUAUUUUAUGUAUAUAUUCAUAUAUAUGCAUACAUACAUAUAUGUGUGCAUAUAUAUAUAUAAAUAGGACAAGCAGAAGGAAGGAGAUUUAAAAGAGGGAGAAGGCACAAGAAAAGCAAAGUGAGAAGGAGAAAGUUUCAAGUGCGUCGGGGACGUCAUCGCGGGGUGUGUCCGUGUAGUGAGGUGGCGACUGUUGAGAAGUAUUUUUAUUUGUUGCCACAAAGCAGGCGGCAGGUGCGGCAUGAAGGACGGGGGAGGGAAAGAGAGCAAGAGGAAAGAAAGAGGAAGUGAAAAGAGGCACGAAAGUCUGGAACGCCCACGGGUCAAGGGGCGUGGAGGCGUCUGCUCGCGAUUUCCUCUCUGUUCAGUGGUAAAACAGCAAGAGGUGAAAGCAUAACGUUCUCUGAGGUUUUAAGGUGCCGCGUUUGAGGCGGACAGGCGUGAAACGACAUCAGAGGGCAAAGCGUUUCCGCAGUGUGUCCACGCGUAGGAAUGCGCGUGCACUAUUGUUUAAAUGCGUUUGCGCAUCCACGUUUGUGUGUGUGAGUGUGUUGCUUUGAGAGUCUCGCCUGUGAGAGAAGCUGUGCGGAGUUUGUUUUUUCACGUUGAGGAAAAGUGAAUUACCUGGAGGAAAGGACCUUUUCUUCUCGAGGCACAUUUCAAGGCAAUGCGAGAAGUGUCCGGGGCCGCCACACAGUGUAUCAGUUCAUGUCAGAGGCUACUGUGGCACAGCCUGCACCAGUGCAGUGUUUCCAUUUUUCAAGUAUCGAACCGACGGCAGAGGCGAGGCUGUCGCGCCAAUUCGGUAACUCCGCGGCACGAAAGCACGAGCUCGAAGUCAGACACAAAAGAUUCAACACUUCCACCAUGGAGACCACUGGCUUUUGAAAAAUUCUAGAAACGCCA